UGAAACUUCAUCUGUUUAUAGCUGAUGAUGACACAUGUCAUUACAGUCAAGCAAACAGGACACACGAAAGAAAAUUUCACCCCAAAGUUUCUACAAAAUGUAAAAAUAGGUAACCACCAAGUAAAAAUGUCUGACAAAACAGGCAUCACGCUUUGUGGGGAGAACUGCAAGAAACAGAGAAUGAAGUGUAUCCCAUGCGUGAUGCCGGAAGCAACUGAUGGAAUGGAGAAACAGCCAGACCUCCGAUCCAAGAAAGACAACUGCAAAUGUUCAACAGACCACCUCUGCUGCGACUCUAAGCAAAAACCUCAAUAGUAUAGAUACAUUUUUACGUCUAAUCUUGAAGAACAUUAUCUAUAACAGACCAAUUUAUUGAAGUAUCAUCAUGUAUCCUCAAAAAGUCGACGUGAAGAGUUGCGGCAAAGUCGAGCCCCCCCAUCCGUGUGAUCCUCCUCCACCAUGCGACCCCCUUAAAGAGCCAGAGGGCGACUGCUUCCCUCCCUUUCUGUGUCGGGAGAGGCUGAAGAAUCCUGAGAGCCCUGACUCCAUAACCAGGUGUCGAAAUGCCCCAUCAAUUGGAGUCAGGUCAUGCGAGAAGCCCCCUCCCCCUCACCCCUGCGACGAUCCUCUCCCCUGCAGUACCUUCAAGAACAAAAAGCAGCAAUGCGACGAACCACCCCUCUGCGUAGAAAGAAUCAAGAAUCCCAAGGAACGGAAGACCCGAUGGGUUGUUUGCACGAAUUCGAAGGGAGAAGUCGAAGAAAGAGAAGUUUACAAGGAUGAUUAACUUAAUAAAGU